AGGAGCGAAUAUAAGCGCGGAGGUGGCCGCACUUCAGCAGACAGCAACUUUUUAACUGAGAGCCUCAUCUGCUCUAAACGCUACAGAGACUACCAGCAAACAAGAGGGACAAAAGACUGAGAGAGGGAAUACUAGCAAAGCCACACUCCUCAAGGAUUCCUCUUUACGCGCACAGGAAAUUUGUCCAAGAUGCUGAUGUCUUCUCUUCUCGUUUUCUUCAUUGGAAGCCUUCCUUUGGUAUUCUCCACGUCCUCCUCUUGCUCCUCCGUGUGUGAGUGUCCCAUGGAGAUGCCCAAAUGCGCGCCUGGUGUCAGCGUGGUCCUAGACGGCUGUGGGUGCUGUAAGGUUUGCGCCAGACAGUUGAACGAGGACUGCAGCCUGACCGAGCCAUGUGAUCACACCAAGGGGCUGGAGUGUAACUUUGGAGCCAGUUAUGCUGCUGCUACAACUCGAGGCAUCUGUCGUGCCAAGUCAGAGGGCAGACCCUGUGAGUACAACAGCAGGAUCUACCAGAAUGGAGAAAGCUUCCAGCCUAACUGUAAACACCAAUGCACAUGCAUCGAUGGAGCUGUAGGAUGUGUCCCUCUUUGUCCACAAGAACUCUCCCUGCCAAACCUGGGCUGUGCCAAUCCCAGACUGGUGAAAGUUGCUGGCCAGUGCUGUGAAGAGUGGGUGUGUCAUGAUGGCAAGGAAAGGGACAUCUUAGAAAAGAUCUUUGGUAAAGACUUCCCGGCUGAAGAGCUGGAGAAAGACCUCACCAAGAAGAAUGAGCUCAUUGCAAUUUUUAAGGGAGGACUGAAAUCCCUACCCGUAUACAGAGCACAGCCUGAGGUCCACAUGUUUGACAGUCAAAAGUGCAUUGUCCAGACCACACCUUGGUCUCCCUGCUCCAAGAGCUGUGGAACUGGUAUCUCCACCAGAGUCACCAACAACAACAGCGAGUGUAAACUAGUCAAAGAGACACGAAUCUGUGAAGUGCGUCCAUGCACCCAGUCAGCCUACUCCAGUCUGAAGAAAGGAAAAAAGUGCAGCAGAACUAAGAAGUCCAGCCAGCCAGUGAAGUUCAACUACGCUGGUUGCUCCAGCUUGAAGAAGUACCGACCCAGGUACUGCGGAGCCUGCGUGGAUGGCCGCUGCUGCAGUCCCCAUGACACCAGAACCAUCCGGGUGAAGUUCCGCUGUGAGGAUGGCGAGACCUUCCACAAGAACGUCAUGAUGAUUGAGUCCUGCAAGUGCACUUACAACUGUCCACAUGCCAGUGAAGCCUCUUACCCCUUCUACCGCCUCUCCAAUGACAUCCACAAGUUUAGAGACUGAUCAGGAAAGACCAUCCGAACCCCUCAGCAAGAAAAAGAUCAGCUGCAUCAUUGGCAGCCAAUGGCAGUCUAGAUGAUUGCAGGGGUGAAGGCAGACCAGCAGCCAACUACCAUCUUCUUGUUUGUAACUAGAUUCCCAAGGAAUUGCGGACUUACAUCUUGAGGACUUAAUGAAGUGCACUGUUUGCUGUGACUACAUCAGCAUUCUUAAUAUAAAUUGCUUCAGAUUAAUGGAGCUUUGAAAGUAGCUUCGUCAUGGAGCAGGUUGUAAUUAACAAUUGUACAUUUUACUUAGUUGCUGAUGAUAUCAAUUCGCUGUGUAUAUUUUGGUCCUUUCUCUUUCAUAUGACCCAAACUGUAGACUUGUGUGUGUAUAUGUCAGUAUGCACAUGCGCAAUUUCGAUUAGCAUACCGUGUUAUAGCUUAAAGAACGAGACAACGAAAUGUUACUUGGUUUCAUUCCUUCCUAACGUGGGCAUUAUUGUUCAUGUUUUGUGGCAGCUAUUGAUAUC